CUGCUGCUGCAAGCCGCGCCAUGCACCACCUGGUCGCUUUCCUCGCCAUCCUGGCUGUGGCUGCCGCCGCCCCCCAGGGCUGCGCCAGGCCCGCCCCCGAUGUGCUACUUGUCGCCCCGAAGAGACUCGCCGCCCCCGUACAAUCCGCCGCCGGCGAGUCGUCCCAUCCCUUCGUUGUGGCACGUGACUACCUCCGCCCCAUCGCCGGCUUGAGUGACGGAGAUCCGCCCUCCGUCGUGGCACACGGGAUUAAACUCCUUCCCUCCGCAGGCGGUAGCAGCAGGCUGCAGUCCCUGCAGAAGUGGCUCAGGGCCCAAGGAUCCACGCCGCCCCCCUCAAGUACCGCCCAGCAAUGAAGAAACACCUGCCGCCCCCUGGCCUGUUCCGCCCCCUACUGAACGUGCUGGCCUGACAGGGACGUCGGAACGUUUUCAUGAUGGAGGGGGGGGGGGGUUACGAAAAGAUAUAUCACACUUACCUCAGUCCUAGAGCGGGGGGGUCCGGGGGCCCUCCCAUGCAAAAUGGUUUUGCUUAAUGAGUUUCCGAACCAAAAAAUAAAAUAUACCAUUCCAAGAAAUUGAUGACGUAGUACGUAUUAAAUACUACUCUGACAGUAGAUGUAGUAAAAUUUAAAUAAAAUACCAUCUAGGAAUUUGCAAUCAUUUUACAGUAGGUAUAUUGACAGUCAUAAAUUUGAUUUUCUAAUCAAUGUGAUCACCAAUGCAACGUUUGUAACUACUGGUUGAGGAAAAUACUACUAGGACCAAACAUUUAUUCUGGGAAAAGGAGGGGGGCGAAAUGCUACUCUCGCCCCCCCCCCCAUGCAUAACAGCACGGGGGUGACUCGCCCCCUGCCCCCCCCCCCCCUUGUUCCGACGUCCCUGUGGCCUGAGCAUACGCCGUCCCCGCCGUCGGCAAUACGCACCUCAUUGAAGUAAACGAAAUGUUACCAAAAAUGUUGCACCAGAAACAAUAAAGAAAAGAAUUUAAAAUCAAA